AUGGACUACUUGAAGGAACUAGAAUGCAAAAGUGUCCAUGAUUGUUAUCACCAGAUGAAGAUGGAUAAAAUGGCAAGUCCUAUAAAGUUUCCGGGACCAGUUAUAGUGGGUGCUGGUCCCUCAGGGCUAGCUGCAGCUGCUUGCCUUAAACAGAAAGGUAUCCCAAGCCUCAUCCUUGAAAGAGAAGACUGUUUAGCUUCAUUGUGGCAGUUAAAGACUUAUGAUCGCCUUAGGCUUCAUCUUCCAAAGCAAUUCUGUGAGCUACCUCUCAUGCCAUUUCCCAAAAACUUUCCUUUAUAUCCAACCAAACAGCAAUUUUUGGCCUACCUUGAGGUUUAUGCUGAUCACUUUGAUAUAAAACCAGCUUUUGGAAAGACUGUGGUCAGUGCUGAAUAUGAUCAUGUAAGUAAGCGUUGGAGGGUGAAGAGUGAAGCGCCUAAAAAAGAGGAGACAACAGAAUAUGUUUGCCAAUGGCUUAUAGUAGCUACUGGAGAGAAUGCUGAGGAAGUAGAGCCUCAAAUUGAAGGGAUUAAAGAAUUUAAAGGGCCUAUUGUACAUACUAGCAAGUACACGAGUGGAAAAAGGUUUUCUGGGAUGAAUGUUUUGGUGGUGGGAUGUGGGAACUCAGGCAUGGAGGUUUGUUUGGAUCUCUGCAACCAUAAUGCUCGCCCAUCCCUAGUGGUUAGAGAUACGGUGCAUAUCUUGCCACAGCAAAUGUUUGGGAAAUCGACUUUUGGAUUAUCCAUGUGCUUGCUUAAGUGGUUCCCAAUACGUUUUGUGGAUCAACUUUUAAUUCUAAUGUCACAUCUCAUGCUUGGAGACACAGCACAAUUUGGCCUUCGUCGUCCCAAACUUGGGCCUCUAGAACUCAAGAAUUUGUACGGCAAGACACCUGUUUUGGAUGUUGGGACACUAGCUCAGAUCAAAAAUGGAAAAAUUAAGGUUUGCCGGGGAAUUAAACGAGUAGCACACAAUGCCGUGGAGUUUGUUGAUGGAAAAGUAGAUAACUUUGGUGCCAUCAUUCUAGCGACUGGUUACAAAAGCAAUGUACCCUCUUGGUUAAAGGGCACUGACAUGUUUAGUGAGAAAGAUGGGUUGCCCCGAAAACCAUUCCCAAAUGGAUGGAAGGGUGAAAAUGGACUCUAUGCCGUGGGUUUCACUAAACGUGGUCUGCUUGGUGCAUCAAUUGAUGCAAAGAGGAUUGCUGAAGAUAUUGAACUUAGCUGGAAAGCUGUUGAGGCCACGCAUGUUUUGCAGUUCCCUUGUCCACUUGCGUGAUGUGGGAAAAGAUGCAAAAAAAAAAAAAAAUUAGGAUUAGAAAAAGAGGAUGGCCUGGCCUCUUGGUGGUGCCUUUAAUUUGACACAAUGUUGUGUACCAACAAUCUCUCUACCAUUUGAGUACAGCAUC